AUGUCUUUUGCAAGUCUUAAAUCUCAAAGGCAAUCCAAGGCAUCAAGAUCGUAUGUGACUUCCACAGAUGAUUCUCAAGAGUCCCACUCUACAACCACCCCAAAAGUGAUCCAAUCUAACAAUCCCAAUACAUCAACUCCCAGCAAUGGUGAAGUUACCGUGUACCAUGGGAUACCAGAAAAUGUGGAGGUGCGGGUAUCGGCAGAAUCAGGCAGGGGCUUGUGGGCCAAGAAUUUAAUCAAAGCUGGCUCUGUUAUCAUAUCACUAAGACCGCAUUCAUUUGCACUUGCUAGCCGGUAUCUGGAUUCGCAUUGCUCUUAUUGUGCUGCCGCACCAAACUCAGGAUUGUUGAGGUGUACUGGAUGCCGCACAGUUUGGUAUUGCAACCCAACGUGUCAAACAAACGACUGGUCACUUCAUCGACUCGAAUGCUCUGCAUUGAGGAAGUGGGCCAAGUCAGCACCAUCGAAAAACUUAUCUGUCCCAAGUGAUGCUGUCAGGUGCCUGGGUCGAAUUUUGUGGCAGAAAAAGAAGGAAGGGUUUGACAGUAGUUGGUCAAAGGAAAUCGAUGGAUUACAGUCUCAUCGACAUUUUUUGCAGCCUCGCGUCGUUGAAAAUAGCACUUACCUUGCCCACUCUCUGGUUCGAUAUCUCGACUUGUCUUCCCCUGGAGAUUUGUUGGAAUUUGGCAUCUCAUCUGCGGGUGACCUUACUGAUUUGAUUUCAAGAUUUGUCACAAAUACUUUCGCAUUAACUUCGCCUUCGUUGACACCAGUGGGCGUGUCGGUCUCGCCGCUUGUUGCGCUUUUCAACCAUUCUUGUGAUCCCAGUGCAGUUAUAGUUUUUCCCCGGUCUUCUCAGAAUCCUGCGGAGGAGCCGCAGAUGCAAGUCAUUGCUCUCAGAGACAUCUCACCCAAUGAGGAGGCUGAUCACUGGCAGAUUUUGACCUCCUAUAUCGACACGACCCUACCUCGUUCUCUAAGACAAGCUGCACUGAAGGAGACAUAUGAUUUCACGUGCAAAUGUGAACUAUGUCGUGACAGCAACAAAAUAGACCCUCGUGAAUCCAUAUGGUGUCCAAAAUCAUGCGGAGGGAUGUGCCCUGCUCCUAGUGAUGAAAGCGAGACGUACCAAUGCGUGAAAUGUCGUGCAGUUGUGGUUACACCAGGAUUUAUCAUGGACGCGCUUCGCAUUGGACAAGAAGCAUUGGAGAAGGCAACUUCCCUUCAAGAUACGGAUUAUAAUAAGGCCUUACAGCUGACGACCAAUAUUAUUCCGAUACUUGUGUCUGCCGGCUUGACACCAUCAUGCCACCCGUUAUUGGCCUUGAUAGGGCUCCAUAAAUCACUCCUCCUCUCUUCGUUGUCGACAGAUAUAGCACAAGAACUGCUUGAUGAGACGAUCCGUACUGCAGCCAAGCACUAUAUAGGCCUAUCCGCCAUUCUCUAUGAUGGCCACCCUGUGCGUGCCGUUUCCCUUGUGGAGCUCGGCAAGCUUUUGGCUGUCGACGAACCCCAGCCCGCCACGUCACCGCCAGCGAAUGUCGCGUUCCCACCAUCCGGCCCUCCGCGACUCAAAGCCGCUUAUGAAGCACUAGUACGUGCGAGAUACGAAUUGAUGAUUGGUUUUGGCAGAAAUAACGACGGUGGUGAGCUUGGACGAAAUAUUCGCGAAACACUAGUGUCGUUGGAGAAAGAACUUGGGGUGUGGACCCAAGGCAUACAUAACACCCUUCAAGACUUACUCAGCUCCUCACAAAAAUGA